UGUCAAGAAGCUGUCGUCUGAUUUUCACAAUGCUGAGCUUACUUUAGAAGCCUCACCUGAAGAAAUUUCGCGCCUUGUAAGUGCUAGUAUGGAGAAAUAUGAAAGGCUUCUGGCAGUCAAAAAAGGCAUGAUGAAUUUCUCAAACCGAAAUACAGUUGUUAAGAUAGCAACUGGACGAAGUCAUACAAGAAAAGGAAUUGAAAACCUGCCAGGUCGUACAGCCCAUAAUAUUCCCAUUUAUGUUUUAACGUAUGAUAUUCAAUGGCAAUCAAUCGAACAAACAUUGAAUAGAGCUGCUCAGUAUUAUCAAGAUUUGGCAGCAGUGAAUCAUAAUAACGAGAUUUGCAAACGUGACAGUAAAAUCCACGAACUAGAGUCGAAAGAAGCUUUAUUACAAGAAGAAAUUCAGACUUUGCAGAAUACAUUGGCUUCAAUUACAGACAAAAGGAAAGAACUAGGUAAUAAUUCCACAAGUCAAAUUACUAGAACAGAAGUUCUCAAUAGUUUGAAUGACGGAAAAGGCUUCCUAGUCGGCAAUGAGAUAUCAGCCGGCGUUUUAACACAGGCUUUAGACAAUCCCAAAUACCAUUAUCGUCUUUUUCGACCG